UAUUUUACCUUUGUAGUGCCAAAUGAGGCACUGACAGCAUCUGGUCAGAGUCUGGAAAUAACCUUUUUUGCUUUUAUUGCCUUUAAUUAUCUAUGUGUACCUCUAUGUGUUCAAGAGCCUAAUGCAAUACAGAAAGAAACAAUAGUCUGAGUACUAUUUAAGAACAUGUGAUGCAUCUAUGACAAAGGAACUUUUCUCGUCUUACAUUAUACAUUAUAUGAAGUGUCUGACACAGGAUGAAGUGAAAUGUUCAUAAUCAUUCUCUUUGAUUUGACAGGAUUUGUUUAGAUAUCUGUAUCAGAGAUCGCCAGCAAUCCAGGGUGCUCUCCUGAGAUUUUCAUCAUUAUGGCCAAAGGGUCAAUUGAGGGGGUCUUAAUGCAGUGUCGUGGACAUGGUUUGAGUGACUUCUGGUUUGGCGCUGACAUUUCAGUCCUGAUCAUAGGAGUGUUGGCUAACGGUGCCCUGCUUUGGCUAUUUCUGAGAGAAAGGAAAUCACUGUCUGCCUCACAGGUUCUAGGUGUGAAUCUUGUUGCAAUGGAUCUUGUCUACCUGUCUAUAUUGCCUGUCAGCUUGCUUCUUAACUUUGAUAAAUCAGGCAACAGUUCAGACUUUACAGACAUUAACUGGGAAAUUCCCAACAAUCCAGAUCCAUUGUAUUUGGCAAGAGAUGUCUUCAGUAUGUUCAACCUGAUUGGCUGUCCCCUGCUGCUGACUUGCAUGUGUAUUGAGCGCUACCUGGCGGUGACUAGACCUGUGCUGUACCUGAGAGUGAGGAAGUGGGAGUACAAAAUGGCUGUUUCUGCUGUGGUGUGGUGUGUCACCUUUAUCUUCUGUCUGGCAAUGGGUUUAGUGGGCAAUAGUAGUAUCAUUAUGAUCCCCGUUUCCAUCAUCAUUUCCAGCCUCUUCUUCCUAAUGCUUGCCUGCCUUGUGGGUGUGGUCCAGUCACUGCGGCAGCAAAGCCCUGCCCACACCACAUAUGGUAACAAAGUCCACUCUAAGACACCCCUAAAGAGACGGGCGGUCAAUAAUGUGUUGGUUGUGGUGGUGCCUGCAGUGAUAUCUUACGUCCCAGUCCUGAUAAUGCUUCCCCUGACUAUAUACAUAUAUUAUGCGAAUAGGUCUUUGUUUGAUACCAUAUGUGUUGCUGUUGAAAUAUUCAUCUCAUUCCCCAGGUUUGGUGUGCUCAUAGGUCCUUUGUUCUAUCUCUCCAAGGCAAGACAAACGUGCUGCCAUAGUGAAAUAAAUUGAAUGAAUAGAGACAUAGUGCAGCAAUAACAGUAAACAGUCAACGGGUGACUUACUGUUUUAUCUUUUUGAAAGCAGUUAUAUUGUAAACAAUCAUUAUAUGCACAAAUAAAAACGCAAUCACAUUCUCAGAUCUCAGUAGUUAUUGCUAAAUUGUUUGUAGUCUUAGGCAAGAGGACCUUUUUAGACUAACAAUAAAGGAUCUUUUUAUAUAAUGAUAUUAAUGGUAAAACCAAAUAAAGAAAAUGCUGUCAACAAUCUUUCGAUCACCCAGAAAUUAAAGUUAAAGGCUAUGUUUUCUAUGGAUGUGUGAGCAGGUGGUAGCAUCAUGUUUUGUGUUGUAAACUUCAUACUUGCAUGUGUAAAGCUUUUAAAAACAUUUUUAUUAGAUUGAAAAAUAUUAUUACUAGUGGGUACAACCUUUAGGGAAAGCAUAGUACAUUUGGAUCGGUCAAAUUAAUACCCGAAAACGUCCCAUAUGUUUUUCUAAUAUUUAAUAUAUUAGGUUUGGAGCAUUUUAAAUCUUCGGAAAAUAGUACAUCAUCAGCAUAAUGUGAAAUUUUAGUCUCAAAAACAUGUAUCUCGACACCUACUACAUUUUAUUUAUUC